AAUGAGAAUGUGAGUGACCAUUGUGACAGUUCUACAGGUGAAAAAGGUUUGACAGCAGAGUAAGGAAUGGCGUUUAUUACUGUACGGUAUAAAUCAAUUUAAUUAAUAAAUUAAUUAAAGAAAGGGAAGAUUUGUAAAAUGUCGGGCGAAAUUGAUAUCUUUGAAGAUAAUGAGGUGCAAUUACCUCAAGAUCUUGGAGAUGAUGUUGUUCAAGAAGUUUUGAAGACUGGUACGGAUUUGCGUCAAUAUUCCAGACAAAUUGAAAAAGAAUUAAAAGAAGUGGAGAAUAAAUCUAUUCAAGACUAUAUAAAAGAAAGCGAAAAUAUUGCAAGUCUUCAUAACCAAAUUGCUGCAUGCGAUAAUAUUUUGGAGAAAAUGGAAUCAAUGCUAAUGAGUUUCCAAUUAGAUUUGGGAAGUAUCAGUUCAGAAAUACUUUAUCUACAACGUAAGUCUGUAGCAAUGAGUCAACAAUUGUCUAAUAGACAAAUUAUUAGAGGACCUCUUAGUCAGUUUAUCGAAGAUAUGACAGUGUCAGAAGCUCUUAUUGCGGGAAUAAUGGAUUGCCCGGUGACUGAAAAAGAAUUUUUGACUCAACUACAAACAUUAAAUCAUAAAAUAAAUUUUGUAAAGGAGCAGAGUUUUAAAGAAGCAAAGUCAUGCUUAGAUGUGAAAGAUAUAUUAGAGAAACUGAAAGUAAAAGCACUAGCAAAGAUCAGAACGUAUCUUUUAGAACAGAUUUACAAAUUCAGGAAACCAAUGACAAAUUAUCAAGUCCCUCAGAAUAAUAUGUUGAAGUAUAAAUUUUUCUUCGAAUUUAUUUUAGCAAAUGAAAGAAACGUAGCUGAAGAAAUUUGCGGAGAAUAUAUUAGCACAAUGAGUAAAAUAUAUUAUUCAUAUUUUAAGUCAUAUUCUUCGAGACUAAUGAAGCUGCAGUUUGAAGAAGGAGCAACUAAAGAUGAUAUGAUGGGAGUUGAAGACACAGCAGGAAGAGGUAUUUUUCAUAAAACUAUAUUAAAGCAUAAGGGUACAGUAUUUUCUAUAGGUAACAGAGGAGAUGUAUUAACUUCUCAGUUGGAAGCACCCAUUAUAGUACCUCAUACUGCGUCUAAAACAAGGUAUCAUUACGAAGCUUUGUUCAGGAGUGAACAAUAUGCUCUUGUAGAUAAUGCUUGUAGAGAAUAUUUAUUCUUAACUGAAUUUUUUAAAGUACGUGGCGUGCAAGCAAUGGAUAUCUUUAAUCAGGUAAUGGGAAAAACAAUAAAUCUAAUGGUAAAAAAUCUGCAAUCUUUUGUGGAAAACUGCUAUGAUACCAUCGCUUUAUUCUUGUGUUUACAUUUAGUAAUGCGAUAUCGCUUAACUUGUCAUAAAAGAGCGGUACCAGCUUUAGAUAAGUAUUGGGAUAACAUGACAUCAAUAAUUUGGCCUAGAUUCGAAUACGUUUUUCAAUUGAAUAUUCAAAGUAUAAAAAGUUGUGAUCCAUUGAAACUCACUCAGGAAACAGGACCACAUUAUAUUACACGAAGAUAUGCUGAAUUUAGUGCUGCAAUGGUUGGUGUAGUUGAAGGAUUUCCUUGUGAAGGGGCUACGCAAUUAUUAGCGGAAUUACGAGAAGCCGUGCAAUGUUUCCUACUAAGAAUGGCAGCUACAUUUUGCACAAGAAUUCAACAACUAGUUUUUCUCAUCAAUAAUUAUGAUUUGGUUCUCGGUGUAUUAAUGGAAAGAACACGAGACAAUUCAAAAGAAGCAGAAAGUUUUCGCGAUCAAUUAAAUGCGCGUUCUUCGGAAUAUGUCGAGGAAAUUUUAAGUCCACAUUUUGGAGGUAUAAUACAGUUUGUCAAAGAAUCUGAAGCCAUGAUCGAGAAGGGUCAAGCCGAUGAAUCGAAAAGACAAGAGGGAAAAGCAUUGGCUCUUGUACAAUCUUUUACGAAUAAUUGGAAACGUGCGUUAGAAGAAAUUAAUCAUGAAGUAUUGAAAUCUUUUCCUAGUUUAGUACUUGGUACAGCACUGGUACAACGUGCAAUGACGCAGGUAGUGCAAUAUUAUCACAGAUUCCAUAAAAUCUUACCGCCAAAUGCUCGUACACAAUUGACAAACUUCCAUCAUAUAAUGGUGGAAAUGAAAAAAUAUAAAGCGAAUUAUUAAAAAGAAUAAAAGAAUUUUUAUUCAAAUCGGGCAGAAUUAUCGUAAUAAUGCAUAACAUUAUAUCAAUUUUAUUAUUAAAUUUCGUCGAUUUAGAA